UCAAAAGGCGUGGAGUGGUUGUGUGUGGGGACUCUCUCGCGUUGUUGUUCGUUUGAGGUUAAGUAGUCUGAGACAAUGUAAAUGUAUUAAUAAUUUAUUUCAGAGAAAUUUAGUGAAAUCGUUUUAAAAUUAUAUUUUAAAAUACAGUGUUUAAGUUCUAGUGUUUGUAAUAUUACCUGCAGCUGUAAUAAUGAAAGAGGUAAAAAAGAGAAACAAAUAUUUGUACAAAAAAGUUAACAAAAAUGAAAAUACAAUUCAUGAAGAUGAAGAAAAUACAGAGACUUCAUAUAUGGAACCUACUAAUCCCAAGUGGUAUGAAGAGUUCCCUAAAGAACCGGUUGAAUUCCCAGAAUGUGAAGAGUCUCAAAUAGUUGCACUGAGAUCAGAAGCAGAGAUGGUGUUGAAAAGAGAGGAGGAAAUGUAUAAUAAGAAGGCAGGCCGCAGUGGAAACCAUGACAAAGCUUGGUUGCGAACGGUCAUGUCCAAGGGAACAGCAUCGGACAGGGUCGCCGCAUACAUCGUCAUCAUCCAAGAUGCGCCAGUGUACAAUCUGUCUGCAUUGCGGAAUCUUGUCAACAUGGUCAAAGUUUCUAAAAAGAAGGAAUGUAUGACUGUUAUGGAAACCCUGACAGAACUAUUCCACUCAGACCUGUUGAGACCUGGUCGGAAACUGCUCAAGUUUGAACAGCACCCGUUGUCCAUGCUCCAGGAGUUGACGUCUGGCAAUGCCAUGUCCAGGAAGAAGUACCUCUCAUACUGGGUGUUUGAGGACCACCUCAAGAACUUGUACGCUCAGUUUGUGCACUCCCUGGACAUUGUCAGCAAGGACACUGUGGACGCUCAUCGUGAGAAAGCAGUCACCGCCAUGUACAAGCUGCUGUCGAGAAACCCCGAACAGGAAGUGGUUUUGCUGAAGAAUCUUGUGAACAAACUGGGGGACCCUAACCAGAAAGUAGUGUCCAAGGUCAUUUAUUCUCUCACCCAACUGUUGAGAGUUCAUCCCGUCAUGAAACAAGUCGUUGCCAAUGAAAUUGAACGUUUUCUCUUCAGGCCCAACGUUGGAUCUAGGUCACAAUACUACGCCAUAUGUUUCUUGUCACAAUACUUGUUCUCCAGCGAUGAUACAGAAUUGGCAGAGAACAUUAUAUCUAUAUAUUUCUCAUUUUUCAAGGCAAACAUAAAAAAGGGAGACAUAGACUCGCGCAUGAUGGGGGCUCUACUGAUGGGCGUGAACCGAGCGUACCCAUUCGCUCGGCUUGAGCGGCACGAACUGAGUGAGCACGUGGACACUCUGUACAAGCUGGUACAUGUGUCUACCUUCAACAUCAGUGUCCAGACCCUGUGUCUGCUGUACCAGAUAGUUGGGAACUCUACUGACAGAUUCUACUGUGCUCUGUACAAGAAACUGUUGGACCCACACUUGGCCACGUCAGCACACCAAGCUAUGUUUAUCAACCUGGUAUACAAAGCUAUGCGGCAGGAUACCAACACGAACAGGGUUAGAGUCUUCAUCAAACGGUUACUUCAGGUAUGUCUGAACUGCCCUUCUCAGCUGGCCUGUGGACUGUUGUACCUCAUCUCUCAGCUGAUUGCCAAGAGGAGUCAGCUGUUAGCGCUGAUCACCCACAAGCAGCAGAUGUUUGAGGAGAGUAACGACAAUAAUGAUGCAGAUGAUGAGGAAAAUUACAAGGAUGCUCCUCUUGAUGUGGAGCUCGUAAAGGAAGCUGAAGCAAAUGGAAAGGACGACAGUGACGUGGAUAUGAAGCCAGAAGAGAAGCCAAAGCUGAAGCCAGGCUGGUUCCACUGUCAGAACGCAGCAUCCAAGGUGGAGCUCAAGGUGUACGACAGUCGGGCACGCAACCCGGCCCAUGCGAGAGGAGAACAUGCGGCCUACGAAGAGUUGACUGUGCUCUCCACCCACUUCCACCCCACUGUGGCUCUCUUCGCCCGAAACAUCCUUGACAAACAGCACAUAAAAUACUCAGGCGAUCCGCUGCAAGACUUCACGCUUCUGCGGUUUCUGGAACGGUUUGUAUUCAAGAACCCGAAACAGCUAUCAGCCGACUCGGUGGACAAGGGGCCAGACCCAUGCUUGGCGCAGCGACGGCUCUACACAGCGUCGGGCCCCCGGACACUGGCCGUCACUAGUGACACAUUCCUGCAGCGAGGCGAAGACAAGGUGCCCGUCGACGAGCUCUUCUUAUACAGGUAUUUGCAAACAAAGAAGUCAGGUGUUAAGGAAAAACCUGUGAAAGAGGUGAAGAAAGAAAAGGACGAAGAAGAAGAAGAUGCUGAAAGUGAUGUGGAAAGCGUAGCCAGUGAGGAGUUCAACGAUAUGUUGGACAAGAUGGUGGGCAAAGUAGACGAUGAUCUUGACUUUGCAGAUGAUGUGGGCGACAGGCUGAAAUCCAAUAAGAAGAAAUCCAAAACCCAACAAGCAGAGCCUGAGAGUGAUGAUGAAGAAGAUUUCAGUGAAGAUAAUGAUGACGUUGAUGAGGAUGAGGAUGAAGAAUUGACUGACUUGGAGGACGAAGAGGGUAGUGAAGCAGAAGCUAUUGAUUUCGGAGAAGAAGGUGAAGACUUUGAUGGCGACAUUGACUUGGAUAAUCUGGGAAGUGAAGAUGAAGAUGAUGAUUUUGAAGAAGAAAUGAAGACAUCCAAAUCAAAGAAAAACAAGUUCCCGAAGAGCAGCAAGGGGGGAAUUCACACGAUGUUUGCACCGGCGGAGAAGUUCGCUGAAAUGCUGGAGGAGACGGGAGCCUCUCGUCUGAAGGUUGGAACUGCUCACGAUGUCUCAAACAAGGAUAACGCAGCACUAAAACAACUGGAGUGGGAAGCGAAGAGGAACCAUUGGGCCCACGGAGGAGGCAAGAGGAAACAAUUUAACAAAGGAGGAGGAAAACCAUCAUUCAACAAAGCAAAGAGGAAAAAAUAUUAACCACACAUUUUUUUCUAAGUGCUCCUGUACACACUUUUUUAUCUAUUGUUUUUGUUAUCGUAAAAUAAAAUAAAUACUGUAAA